GCCAUUAAAGCCUAUUCGCUGACUUUAGCACCUAGACAGUUUCUCUCUGUUGGAUGCAUGUCUGCAAUUCUUAGAGUUUGUCAGAUGAUGGGCAUCGCUAGCAAAAACCCAGGUCUCAAGAUCCAUCUUUUUUCCUUCCUCUUCACUUUCUCCUCUCUUGCUCUGUUUUGCUCUGCUGCCAGUUCAAUUACGCAAGGUCAACCUUUAAGAGAUGGAGAUACUCUUAUUUAUGACGGCUUCGAACUGGGAUUCUUCAGCCCGAAGAAUUCAUCGUCCCGGUACGUUGGGAUUUGGUAUUACAACAUUUCAGAGCCAUCAGUCAUAUGGGUUGCAAACAGAGAGAGGCCAAUUUUUGAUAAAGCUGGGAUCUUGAAAAUUGGAAGCGAUGGGAAUGUGGUGGUUUUAGAUGGAAAUAACACCGCAGUCUGGUCUAGCAAUGUUUCAGCCUCCUCUAACUCCACGGCCAUACUCAAUGAUGAAGGAAAUCUUGUUCUUUCAAGCAGCGGCGAUACCAGCAAGGAGUAUUGGCAGAGCUUUGGUGACCCAACAAAUACAUUUUUGCCUGGCAUGAAAGUUGAGGUGAAUUCUGCAAAAGGAGAGAACAGGUUUUUGACUUCAUGGAAGUCAGAAAAUGAUCCAUCUCCAGGAGCGUAUUCGAUGGGAGUUGAUCCACGCGGAUCACCACAGAUAGUGAUAUGGGAAGGAUCAACUAGGCGGUGGAGAAGUGGGCAUUGGAACAAGCAGUUGUUUAUUGGUGUUCCAAAUAUGCCAACUACAUACUCAUAUGGUUUUAAGCUUAGUGAUGAGAAUGGGGAUGGAAGCAUGUAUUUUACUUACACACCAUGGAAUGCUUCGGAUAAGUUGAGGUUUCAGAUAAGGUGGGAUGGGUAUGAAGAGCAGCUUAGGUGGGUGGGAGAUAAAAACCAGUGGGAAGUGAUACAGUCUCAGCCUAACAAGUCCAAUGACUGUGAGCUUUACAACAGGUGUGGCAAGUUUGGGGUCUGUAGUGCAUCGCAUGGUUCGGGUUCGGAGUGUAGUUGUAUGCAUGGAUUUCAACCAACGGAUUGGGAUCAAUGGAUUAGGAGAAAUUGGUCAGAUGGGUGUUCUAGGAAGACCCUGUUACAGUGUCAAAGAAAUAGAACAAUUGGAACAGAGGAAAAUGAUGAAGAAGAUGGGUUUGUAGGUCUAAGGUGUGCCAAGUUGCCUGAUUUUGUAGACUUAGUUGUUCCUGGUUCAGAUGAGAAUUGUGAGGAGAUUUGUCUUAAGAAUUGUGAUUGUACUGCAUAUGCAUUUGUUCAAGGGAUUGGUUGUAUGAUAUGGACAGAGGACUUGCUGGAUGUCCAAAAAUUUACAAAGGGGGGAAAUACGUUGAACAUUCGUCUUGCGCAUUCUGAUUUAGGUGGCAAGAAAAAAUUAUCGACCCCUGUGAUAAUAGUAAUUUCUGUAGCGGGAGCACUCUUCUUAGUCAUCUUCAUGUUGCUAUUAUGGAGGUUUAAAGCAAAACUGAAAGUGUUGCCCACCACUUCUUCUAUUUCAUGGUUGAGGAACAACGAUCCACCAAUGCUCAAUGCUAGCAAGAGCAAUGAAUUCUCAACAGAUGUUUCAGGGUCAAUUGACCUUUUUGCAGAAGGGAAUCAAGUAAAUGGAUCUGAGUUACCAUUGUUCAAUUUCACUUGUGUAGCAGCUGCUACAAAUAACUUUUCUGAAGAAAACAAGCUUGGGAAUGGGGGUUUUGGUACCGUCUACAAGGGUAACCUUCCAGGACUACAAGAAGUAGCUAUAAAAAGACUUUCGAGAAGGUCUAGCCAAGGCUUGGAGGAGUUUAAAAAUGAGAUUAGUUUGAUUGCUAAGUUACAACAUAGGAAUCUUGUUAGACUAUUAGGAUGCUGCAUUCAAGGAGAAGAAAAAAUUCUGCUUUAUGAAUACAUGCCAAACAAAAGCUUGGAUUUCUUUCUUUUCGAUCCGUCCAAGCAAGCACUAUUGGAUUGGAGAAAACGUUUUGCAAUUAUUGAAGGGAUUGCAAGAGGGCUCCUUUAUCUCCAUAGAGAUUCUAGACUUAGAAUAAUUCAUCGAGACCUAAAAGCUAGCAAUAUUUUGCUAGAUGCAGAUAUGAUUCCCAAAAUUUCAGACUUUGGUAUGGCAAGAAUAUUUGGGGGGAACCAAAAUGAAGCAAAUACAACCCGAGUUGUUGGAACAUAUGGUUAUAUGUCCCCUGAAUAUGCAAUGGAAGGUCUGUUUUCUGUUAAGUCAGAUGUCUACAGCUUUGGGGUACUGUUGCUAGAGAUUGUGAGCGGCCGGAGGAACAUUAGUUUACGCUCAUCAGAACACUUGAGCCUAAUUGGAUUUGCAUGGCAUCUUUGGAAUGAGAAUAGAGCAGUGGACCUCAUUGAUUCUUCCAUUGCAGAAACAUGUUCCCAAAAUCAAGCUGAAUUAUUGCGAUGCAUACAAGUAGGGCUAUUGUGUGUGCAAGACUCUGCAAUUUCUAGACCAACUAUGUCGUCCGUGGUGUUAAUGCUGGAGAGUGAAACUGCAAAUCUUCAAUUGCCAAUACAACCUAUAUUUACUUCAAUUAGGAGAUAUGUGGAUACAAAAUUUAGUACAGACGGCCAGGAUUUAGCAUCCUCAAAUGAUGUCACAAUUACAAUGGUAGAUGGGAGAGCUGAAACUAUUGCUAGUGCUUUAAAUUCUUCCAUGUUUUUCCUAUUCUUCUUCAGCUUGCUUCUGUCACAGCACCAUUGUGCUGAAGUUUAUGACAUAACUCCUUCACAACCAUUAUCACAGGGACAAAACCUUGUCUCUCCUGGCCACAUUUUUGAACUGGGUUUCUUCAGUCCUAAUAACUCGGCUAAUAAGUAUGUGGGGAUAUGGCACAAGGAUAUAUUUCCUCGUAAAGUUGUAUGGGUGGCCAACAGAGAAAAUCCUAUUGCAGCUUCAGACACCUUGGCUAGUUUGACAAUUAGCAGCAGUGGGAAUUUGGAGCUUGUAGAUGGCAAACAGAAUUCUAUUUGGUCAACCAAUAUUUCAGUGCCAUCUAAAACUUCAGCUGCAGUUCUUUCAGACACUGGAAACUUUGUUGUCAAAGAUGAUGGUAUAGCAGCUGCUGAUCCAUUGUGGCAGAGUUUUGAUCAUCCUAGUGAUACAAUUCUACCAGGCAUGGUGAUUGGAUUUGAUACUAAAUCUGGGAAGAAGAAUUUAUUGACUGCAUGGAAAAGUGAGAGUGAUCCAUCAGCUGGGAUAUUCUCUGCUGGACUUGGACCCCAGACUCCAUCACAAGUGUUCAUUUGGAUUAAUGAAUCAACUCCCUACUGGAAAACUGGGCCAUGGGAUAAAUCGAAGUUCAUUGGUGUACCAGAAAUGGAUGAUCGAUAUCAAAGUGGAUUUACUCUAGUUGAGGACGUGCAGCAGGGAACAAAGUAUUUUUCUUAUAAGUUAUUUGACAGUACUCUCUCAUAUCUAGACCUCUCUUAUGAAGGAGUACUUACGUUUAUGGUUUCAGACAAUGGCAGCAACUGGUUUCAUAACUGGGAGGCACCAACGAAUCCAUGUGACAUUUAUGGAACAUGUGGACUUUUUGGGGUUUGCAAAGCUUCCAAAUCUCCAACUCCAACUUGCAAGUGUUUGAAAGGUUUUGCACCCAAGUCACAUGAGGAAUGGAGGAAAGGAAACAGGACAGGAGGGUGUGUGAGGCAAACCAAAUUGUUUUGUGAGAGUAACACCAGUAAUUCAGUUGUUUCAAGUGGAAAAGAAGACGGGUUUAGGCAGGUGGAAAGGUUAAACUUGCCAGAUUUUCAUGAGUAUAUUGCAGAUAUGGAUGUUGAUGAGUGCAAGAUAGAAUGCCUAAAGAAUUGUUCGUGCCUGGCUUAUGCAUAUGUUACUAAUAUAGGGUGUUUGGUCUGGUCCAAAGACCUUAUUGAUAUACAAGACUUUGCCUCUGGCAGAUCAGAGCUUUUUAUUCGCCUAGCUCACGGAGAAUUAGGUGAAGGAAAGCCAAUAAAGUUAAUUGUCAGCCUCACAGCCAUUUGCUUUAUCGUUGUCUUGGGUGCCUUAGUUUGCUGUGUGCACAGGUUGCGAGCAAAACAAAGGGGAAAUAUCAAAGUUAAAACAAAGUUCUUUCAAUUCUCUGAUGUGAAUGAGAAUUCAAGAGAGAAUCUUCAAGAGUAUAUAAGAAAACAUGAUCCAUCAGAGCUAUUCAUCUAUGAUUUUGACAGCAUAUUAAUUGCAACAAACAAUUUCAGCAUCACAAACAAACUCGGGGAAGGAGGAUUUGGCCCUGUUUACAAGGGUAAGCUACAAGAAGGGAAGGAAAUAGCAGUUAAAAGACUAUCAAGUAGCUCAGGACAAGGCAUAGAAGAGUUCAAGAAUGAGAUGCUGUUGAUAUCCAAACUCCAACAUAAAAAUCUUGUUAGGAUCAUGGGAUGCUGCGUCCAAGAGGACGAGAAGUUACUGAUUUAUGAGUUCAUGCCAAACAAAAGCUUGGAUACUCUUCUAUUCGAUCCAGUGCGGCAACCUGAGCUUGAUUGGGGCAGACGCUUCAAUAUUAUUCAGGGUGUUGCUAGAGGGCUUCUGUAUCUCCACCAUGAUUCUUGUUUGAAGGUAAUACAUAGAGAUUUGAAGGUCAGUAACAUUCUCUUGGAUGAGAACAUGAACCCAAAAAUUUCAGAUUUUGGACUGGCACGUAUCAUUCAAGGGACACAGAAUCUAACAAAUACUCAGAGGGUUGUGGGAACACUGGGCUACAUGUCUCCGGAGUAUGCCAUGGGAGGGAUAUUUUCUGAAAAAUCUGAUGUAUAUAGCUUUGGGGUCCUGCUAUUGGAGAUUAUUGGUGGCAUGAAGAAUACCAGCUUCAGUUACUGUGACCAACAGCUAGGCUUCCUAGCUUAUGCAUGGCACUCAUGGAAUGAAGGCAGGGGAUUGGAGUUGGUUGAUAAAGUAUUGGCUGAUUCAUCUUCCUCAUCAGAAGUAAUGAGAUGUGUGCAUAUUGGACUUCUUUGCGUACAAGACAAUGCUGCAGAUAGGCCAAUCAUGCCAGAUGUAGUUUUCAUGCUAAGUAGUGAGAUAGAUCUUCCACAACCUAAACGGCCUAUAUUUACCUUCCAAAACUCAGUCUCUGAUCCUCAGCCAAAGUAUGACAAUAUUUUCUCCACAAAUGAAGCUACGAUAACAAUGAUUGAAGGACGGUAAGGUAAGAAAUAGAAAAUUGUUACAUCAAAUGCAAUGGGCAUUCUGAAGUGUUCUUACACAUAUAGAAGGUUUUCUUUUCGGUGUACAAAACAACCCUUUUUUCUUGGGACCGUAAAUGAAGGUUUUCCCAAAAGCAGAGACUAGCUUGGUCCUUGAUUGUGUACAUUGUUACUCUUGGUAAUCCUUGGCUGUAACUAUUGCUUACUUCUCUACCAACGAGAUUUUCCAUG